UUGUAAUGUUAUUCCACACAGGUCAUUCUGAGAGAAACACAGUGGUAAGCUGCGUUUUAUUUUUGCACGUCAUCACCGGACGUCCAGUCCACCUGGUACGCCUCCUCCACCUUGACGCCCAGGUACACGGAUCGAGUUGAAAACUUUACUGAAACUGGCGUUUUGGAGCGUAGUUGUUCGAGGGAAUGUUCAAAAUGGAUUAAAAACGGAAAUGUUUCAUGUCGGGUGGAGAGGACAGCUUUGAUUUGGGAGUCAGUUGGUGGACGCGCCGUGUAACACUACCUUGGAGCCACUAAGUCAUGUCUGCCGGCAGCACUGGCAGUCUGAGACACAGCUCAGGGCCUGGCAACAACAGGUAUGGACCCAGCCGGAGCAGCAGCCAGAGGUCAUCGUAUGAGGAGCGCUGUGUGGACCCAGUUGAAGACUGGCCACACACCCCAGAGCCAAAAACAGUCCACAAAGCUCACCUGAAAGAUGCAAAUGGGAAGGAGUCUGAGACCAUUGGCUUCAUUCCUGGCUCAGCUGACCCUCCCUCUGCAUCACAAACCUGCAAUCCCUGCGCUUCUCCAAGGAGCUGUCGGACCUUUAUCUGCAGCGUGCUGACCUGUGGCCUCUACAGGGUCUGCCAGCCUUCAGUCCUCGCUCCCUGCCUGGCGCCAAACGAGAGCUCCCCAGAUGAACCAGAGAAGCUGAGCCUCCGAGCUGUGAACCCAGGAGACAACAAAGAAGAGGACAGCACAGACUGGCUAGGGGAUGUCCGCAUCGCUGGAGUCAAAGUGGACAGUCCAAGAGAGUAUUUGGAUGUUGAAAGCAAAUCUCCAUAUGUGCCUCUGCACGGUGGUCAAAUGCAGCCCAGCCAUCUGUCCCUGCAUGAGUCUAUGAGGUUUGACGACUGGGAGGACGGCGAGGAGAAUGUGGACUCUCUGAUUACUAAGAAGCUGCUCGAGCUCUACUCUGAAUAUCAGAUUGAAGAGUUGGCCAGGUGCACCUCAGACUCUGUGUUUCUGAAGAAGAGCAAGGCCAUCAACCAGCUCAUCAACUCACUGGCAGAGGAGCACAAAAUGGAUGAGCAGGAAGCCGAGUGUCGGCUGGUGCGUGGCAUCAUCCGCAUCAGCACACGUAAGAGUACAAAGAAGAGGCCACGCACCCCCAGGACGGAGAGGACGCUGUCAGACAGCGGGAAUGAGACGAUGAGGGACAGCGAUUCCUUCUCAUUCAGCAACAACAAUGACUACAAAUCAAAUCCAAACAUCCAAAUAUCUGAACUGACAUCCUCUGACAAGUGUGCCAGGGACAUGUGGAGGAACAAUGGAGGUCACACUUCUAGUUCUCCAACAUCCUACUUGCCGUCUCACACAGAGACUAAUUCUUCAGGUUUCCCGCUAAUUCGCACUUCUGUGAGAACAUGAUUCCUGCUCCGUGCUGGUGAAUUAUGCUUGAAUUUGUCAUGUUGUGUCCACAAGGUCACAAAUGAGACAUUGAAAGGGGACACCACUUGCACAGGAGUCUCUGGUUUAGCCAAGCUCUUUGUACAAACCAAGGCUUUGGUAUGGGAAAAAAAAUGUGAAAAAGUCACAUUGUCUGAAGGACUCCAGUGAACUCAGGGCUCUGUGUGAUUUAUUUAUGGUUGAUAAAUAUUAUGUGUAUAUUUGAAGGAUUGCUUGGCUGAGACUUUGCCCUGCAAGCAGAUAUCAACAGUAGCUCUUGAUGAUUCUUAAAUAUUGUAUCACGAUUAACCGUCCCCUCGUCCUUGAAGGAGAACUACGUUAUCUUCAUGAAACCUGACUCGUUUCUGAUGGUCAGACUAUUGUUCUGUUGUUGUGCCAAGGACAUUUGAAUUUUAAAACAUGUUUUUUGGCACAUCUUCAUCAUAUCAUCAUUAAGAUUUAAUUUUAACUGUUUUCAACUAUCACAUUUGCAGUUUGUGAUAUAUGAUUUGUUAUUAGAAAUGAUGUUCUGAUAGUUUUGAUAAUUUGACAGAUUUCCAGUUUAUAUAAGAGUUAUAGCACUGCUCUAAAGGACAAUAGUGUAAAAUAAUGAAGAAGAGCAGUUUUAUAUUGAGUUUCUGAAACCUGCAAUGAUGAACUUGGUUGGUUGGACUUUUCAUUAAAUGUAGCAAAACCACCAAGUUCUCACUUGUCCUUGCAAAGUUUUACCAAAAAAACAAAAAAAAAUUAAUCUUAACUCGAGGUCCAUGUACUAGCUUUUUCUGGAACUUUGAGCUGCAUCUCACAACCUUCCUCAGUGGAAUGACAAUAUGUUGUAACAUCUUCUAAACCAGUUAUAACUAUAAUAUACAUAUACACAUACAUUGUAUAUUACACAUACAUACAUACUGUGUUAUAAUAUAGUUAGUUUGUUGGUUAGUUAUGUGAUUUAUUGAAUACAAUUUACAAGUGCUUAGCCCACUUAGACCUAUAAAACAAUAAUGUUGCAGUUGUGAAACAUAACAUAACUUUUUCAUAUAAAAUUAAAAUGUAUAGCCUUUAAAUGAUCAUAUAAUGAUAAAUGAAACAUGAAGUGUAUUUUGUUUUCAGUGUUACUUAAAUCACAUAAAUAAGGCCUCCUCUCUUCAGGGAGACCAUUAAACUUGCCUAUUUCUAGUAUGUAUCCACAUUGUAGCUGUUCAUGAGACAGUAUUUUCAUAAUUUAUAUACUGUAAUAAUUACAAUGGUAUGUGUUCUUCCGGUGAGGAAGACUAUGAGAUAAGCUUUAAAGCUCCCCAAAAAAGCUAGUAAGUGGAGUGGAUUUAAGAUUUCUUUUUUUUUGGUCAAACUUCUUUUUUUUUGUUGUGACUUAUGAUUUAGGUGUCAUACAAUGUGGAAAAAGCAGAUCAUCAUUGCUGUCAUAACAUGAAGUUACCAGGUGUUGGAUGCAUUCUGAAUACUGUUUGUGGCUGUGUGCUACUCUGUAACUCAAAUCUCAAAUAUAAAUAUGCUAUUGAAGAUGAUUAAUUGUACCUAUAGACUAGCAGUGUAAGAUAAUGUAUAAUGUAAUAUCACUUAUUAGUGAUGUUGUCACACGCCGACUUAUGAAGUGAAUGUGUGUUUUCCUUCCAAAGUGCUCGGUGUGUUUGCUCCUGGUGGGAAUUUUGCCAGCUGACUCAGUUGAAUUUAUUCAGUUAUGUGACCUUUUUAUCAGCACUAGCUUAUAUGACCCUAUUGUAGUUAGUUAAUACUCAGGUAGCUAAAUGUAUGAUGUAACUGUCCAGAUUACGCCUAUUUCCUGCUCUUGUUACCUGUGAUCCAUCCUCUUUUGCCCUUUGUUCCACAUACGGUACAUUGAUUUAAUGCAAUGAAUGAACUACUUUUUUGUCUUAAGGUAAAUACUAUGAGUUACUAUAAUAAACAUAACACCAUGAUGUCUUUUUAUUGUGUCAAUAAUUUGGUUUCAACACCCGAGUGGUUAUAAUGAAAUGGUGUGAAACUGUUCUGGUUUGGACCAAGAAGCAGAAAAUGCAACAUGACAAUUUAGGAAGUGAUGAAUGUGUCUCUAACUGUAUUUCUCAUGUCAUUGAACUGGUUGAAUUGUCUGAUAAUUACAUCAUUUUUUAUUCACAUAUUAUACUUUCUCAGAAGGUUUCCUAAAAACCGAAGUACAAUUCUUGGGUCUUUCAUCAGGGGAAAUAUAUGGUAAUUUAUAUUUUCUGCAAAGUGUGUUGGCAGAUACGGUAACCCAUCUUUAAAAAGUUAUCUCAAUGUAAAAACAAUAAAUAAAGUACAACAAAAGAGA